AUGAAUGAAGAAGAUCUCGUUCUUACCAUUAUGUCAACACGUAAAACAAGAAAAUUCACGGUCGUUUCGUAUCAAAAUGUCAGAGAUCAUGACGAAAUUAUUCAUAGAGUUAAUAUUAAUGGAGUUAAAAUUGAUUUAGUUACAGAAAUCCUAGAAGCCAAAUUUGGAGGACGAGCAACGGUUGACUCCCUCCUAACACUUGCAAGACAUAUAUCAAAGAAGAUCAACAUCAGAAUCGAUCGAUUAGCAAAUAGAAACAAGCAAGCGUUAUUAUGCUAG